AUGCCACCCUCCAGACGCGGCGGGGCGAAGGGACGCCCGAAGCCCAAGAAGGACGAAACCGACCAGACUGACACAGUCGAAGACACCAAUGAUGAAAUCGUAGUCGACUUCACUCCAAUUUUGCGACUCGAAGGCAUCAACGACUGGCGCGUCAAACCAGAGGCAAAUAAUUUCUCAGUAGGUGAUACCGCUAAGUAUACGAAAGACGAGGACACGCAGCAGAUCCGCAAAAUCGCCAAACUAUGGCGCGACCUCGGCCAUUGCAUUGGAGUCCAAAUAUGCCACAAGUGGAAUACAGAGCCCACCCUCAUUUCGCUUUUGGCUCGGUAUAACGGCAUGAAUGUAAACUCAUUAGCUAAUUUUGCUGAUACUGUUGUUUGCGACAUUAUCCAACUCGGCCUUUUCCUUCUGCAUCACAAAUUCAACAUUGAGAUAGCUCAACAGCUCUUGGCGGAACAUCCCGUAGAAGAAGGCGCUCAUCCCAAGUUCAUCAACGACCUUCUCGCGAACAGUCGCACCAGAAUCAAUGCCUUGGUGGUGAAACCCACUUCCCUGAGUCUGAUUUCUCCUAUCGAGUUGGUUAAGAUGUAUAAUGAGAAUCCCGUAUUGAAAGCCUUUAUCGAGAAGAUCAUCAAGAAUCUGGAGAGGCCAGUCUUUCUACCAAUUACCCGUGGUGUUAUUUCCCGCGCAGACCUCGAGGAUGACGCGUUGCAUGCUCCCGCCACAAUUCUUGCUCAUGCCGUCCAACUCCUGCUCUUUGCGCCAACCAAUUGGCGCAAGGAGAUUGAGUACACCGUGCGGCCUGACGCGUAUAAACACCGAUAUCCUACCCCUCCGGGCCAUGGUGGAGAUUGUCGAACGGUGGCUGGAAUGUUCAGCCUUGAAGACCUUCACCGUGCCGUGAUUUUGGUCUACCUUGCCAUUUAUCGCAGGAUCAACGGGACCGACAAACUGAAAUCGACCCGUCAGCCUCAGCCUCGUGGCGACUUCAAGGGUUAUUUUGACGUUGAGCGGCAAAUAAUCGAGGACACAACUGGCCAGGAGGGCCCUUCUCAGCUCGCUAUGGCGCGAAUAAUGAAAAAUCCCUUGCCCACUGAGCGCGAGCCUCCGAGCCAACCACCACAGAGCGGUUGUGUCAGGCCAUCGCCGCUGACAACGCCUUCCAAGCCAAAACCAGGUGCCCAGGGGCCAGUCGAUUUGGAACAAGAAUUUCUCACUCCAACCAAGCCACAUGGUCCCAAAAACCGGGAUCUUUAUAUGGACAUCCAAACUUUCUUUCAAUAUGACUGGGAUGAUCCUGACAAGGUCUUUGCUAAAGUUUCUGAGCAGAUUACAUGCUUUAAAUCCUUGAUUGACGAACAGAAGCUUAUCGACUUUACCGAGAGCGGUAGUGCUUCUACCGCAGUGCAAGAAUUCCUCUCGCAACAUCCUGGGGAUGAGUUGGGGCUAAUCAAUGCCUUGCAACGCCAAUACGCGUUGGAGACUACCUUCAACGGACACCCCCCUCCGGAAGAUACUGAUCUUAAUGCAGUGUGUUCUCGUUUUGGGAUCGCCCCAUACCCUUCCCUGGAGCUGUAUCCUGGGCAAGGUUUUCAGCCACUUAAACCGCAUCAAGUGGCAGGCUGCAUCUUUGAGAAGCUUGAUACGCUGGGCCAUGUUCUUUUCAGUAAUGAAAUGGGCCUCGGAAAAACAAAAGUUUUUCUCGCUAUGAUUGAAUGUAAAGCUCGCGAUCUAGAGGCCAAAUUGACAACUUUAUCCGACGACGAUGACCAUGAGAUCUUUUUCCCGAGCCUUAUUGUCAAUCCCCCUGGUACUAUCCACCAGACAAACGCGGAACUAAAGGCAAAUUUCCCCGGUCUGAAGGUUCUCUUGUACUACGGCGCUAAAGGUCAAUCCCGCAAGUUUGACUCGUCCAAGAUUGUGGACAAGGCGGAAUUCCUCAAAGUGCUCCGCAAGUUGUCGCCUACAGACCCACAGACCGCGCGAACUGUCGUCAUGACCACGUAUAACACGUUCCAUUGCCGCGAAGUUAUACGGAAUGAGAAGCGAUUCAUCUUUCUCGGUCGCAAGGAAAAGGGACCACCUAAAAAACGGGCCAAGACUGCCCCCCCUCCCAAAAACCAUCUGAUCACUGAUGAAGCGAUUCGUAAGGGCGUCAGGUUCACCCAGGACACUGAUCCAGACCGUGAGUCUGAAGACGACGGAGACGAUGAUUAUACGCCUGAGGAAAUGCUGGCCUUCCAAGCCAAACGUACCCAAAACUCGACCAAGAUACGCAAGUAUUACAAGGGAGACUGGGAAGUAGAGAGUAAGAGGAUACACUUUCUCAAGGACGAUGAACAAGGCAUUCCCGAUGGGAAUCUAGUCGAAUAUCAUCUCGCUCGUGAGGCUCUGGGCGAUAUCAAGUGGUCCUUCUUGAUUGUGGAUGAAGCUCACAAUGCACGGCGUGUCAACGGUGUGACAGGGACACCUCUCAUGGGUAGUCUGCAGGACAUUAUAUCACCAUUAACCCUCAUAUCGCCCAAAUUACGCAUUCAACCGCCCCCAGUGGGAGAUAUGGCCAUUGGUUAUAUCCAGGGUCUUUGGCAUGAGGACUACAAACCGGAUGGUAAGGCAACGCAUUGGAAGGAUGGCGAUGAAACCGCUGCAAUAUUCUCUGAGAAAUUUACAACCAGGUACCCCUCAGAGGGUUGGGCACAAAUGGAAGAAUUUUGGAAGCGUACCGGGGUAAAAAUAUGGCAAUUGAACCCAGCGCUUGUGAGCCAGGCCGGACGUCACGCGGAGUGGUCAAGUGUCUUUGGCCAGAAUGUCAUCUCUGUAGUUUUGCAGACAUUGUCCUUGCACCGGACCUUAAACUCCCGCCUCAUUCUGCCCGAUGGUCAAGUCUCCUUUCCUGGUACAGAGUUGUUGCCGAUGACGAUCAUCACAGAAGAGCUGAACUUUGACCGGUCGAUCCGUUUUCGCGUCCAAGAGCACGGGCGCAACUGUGCCUCAAAAACUUUCAUCGCUGGUCCGUCAAACACUCUAGACAAUUUCUCGCCCAGCCAGGGCGGCCUCUCCUCUCACAACUCGCAAGAGGGGUCACUCAACUUCAGCGCCUACAGAGAAGGAAUUCUCGUAGCCUACGAUUGGAGAAACACAGAGAUACUCUACUCCAACGUAGAAAAAUUUUUCGGAAAGGACCCCGACGGAAUUCUCAAGACACUGCGCAAACUACGAGACGGAGAUGCCAUGACCAACAGCCAGAAACAAAGACUGCAGCGACGCGCUGCGAAGGACGCCAUGCCAACGGUGGGAGUGGAGCAUGUCCAGAAAUUGCUCUCGCAUGAUAAUAAUCAGGGGCUGGACUAUUUCUUCACACGGACAUGCCCAGAUCCAUAUGUCCUUCCCUUGACGGAUCGUGCCGCGUGGGUACACUGGCUAGCCGGCACAAACCCAAUGCUUGCAAGAACUCUUGAGCUUUGUUAUCGCUACGUACAUGAGAAGAAGGAACGCGUGUUGGUCUACAUUGACACGCCUUGGGUCCAACAAAUGAUGUAUGCAGCACUCUUGAUGGCUGGCUACAAGACACUCACAGUUCGUUCCGCCGAUAAACCUGCGGCUAAAGUCGAAGCUGUAGAGAAGUUUUCGGAUCCACGUUCAGACGCACAAGUGUUUGUUGCCAAUAUAAACAUUAUGUCAACAGGUGUAAAUCUGCAUCACGCUUGUUGUUAUGGCAUCCUGGCCACCUUCCAUUUUAACGCAAAAACAAUCCAGCAAGUCCAUGGACGGCUCAACCGCUUAGGUCAGAAAAAGGCUGUUAUUUGGCACAACCUCAAAGUAAAAGACUCCUUUCACGAUCACCAAGAGCGCAUGCUGCUCACGAAAUGGUCACGUCAAUUGUCUGCCGAAUCCAACCUCCCACAGUGGAUGAAUGGCGCAUUGCGCGAGGUUAUGCUCUUUGAGCUGAUGCGCGCGCACUGGAAUCAGCCAUUCAACCGUUAUAGCUGGGUCAUUAUCGCCGAACGGGAUGGCAAAUCAAUGGAUUACUACAGCGAGGAAGCCAUUAAAUUAGGCUAUUGCUGCUCGCUCUUGGCUAAGCUUGUCUUGUUUGACAAGAAGGAGGACUACUGGAAUGAAAAUGAUGAUUUUAUUGCUAUAGCUCUGCUCGAACUUGCUGGCAGCCAAGAGCUGGAACAGCUUGAACAAUGGCUGAAACUGGACGACCAGGGUCUUCGAGUGACAUUGGAGUUGCGACUGACAAAGCUCAUUCACGUGGCCAAGACAAACGAGACAAACAAGGAGCAGAUUGAGCGUUUCAGGGACGGCGUGAAGCAGAGGCAGGCGCGCGAACCCAUCCAGAUCAUCGAUGAAGACGGCUCGGACAGUGAAGAUCCAGUAGAGGAUGAAGACGCCGAACUUGACAACGAGAAGGAGCCCGAGACUGCUACUGACGAGGAACCCAUCGGUCCUGCUGGUAAAGAUCUGGAAGAUGGCGCAACGGAGUUGGGCAAUCAGCAAGGAAAUAUGGAUAUCGACGCACCACCAAGCAAUCAGGAAGUUGCAGAGUAG